UAGGUUUUAGUGGCCCUAUGGGCCCUAUGCAGGUGCAUGGUGUAUCUAUCAUCAAGUGCAUUGGAGGGGCUUACAUUUAUAAGGCUAAUGCAAUCUGUAAGGCAGCUCCAAGUGCCGUGUAGAGUGCAUACAGCCAUGCGGAUCCUGUUAAUGUUAGCGUGUGUGGGGGCCGCAGUGGCAGCCCCUCAGUACGGGGCACUAUUGGCACAGGCACCCUUGGUACAUGCUCCCGUGCUCCACGCCCCUGUGGUACAUGCUGAACCUAUAGCUUAUCCAAAGUAUGCAUUCAAUUACGGCGUGAAGGACCCUCACACUGGAGAUAUCAAGUCACAGCAAGAGGAGCGAGACGGAGAUGUUGUCAGAGGUAGUUACUCGUUGGUAGAGCCUGAUGGUUCGACACGCACCGUCCAGUACUCGGCCGAUGACCACAACGGGUUCAAUGCUGUGGUCCACAAAACGGGUCACGCGGUCCAUCCGCAACAAGUAGUAGCAGCUCCGGUGCAUUACGCCGCUCCAGCCGUUGCCCUGCCAUCGCCCUACGCACUGCACUAAACUUUAUCAUAAAUAGAUCUAACAAUAUUGAAUCUUUUUUGAUAGGAAUAUUUAUAAAUAAAUUCAUGAGCUACGUGAAUAUAUAUAACAUUUCCAUAUUUUAUUUCAAUAUUAUAUGAAAUAAUUACCUAUCUAUAUGUACAACAAAAUAUCUGUAUAUAUAUUGCAUAGUAAUAACUUUCAAAGAUUUCCUUAAAUGUUACCUUUUUAACCUUGAACGAAGAGAAGAAUAAAAUACAUGAAAAAAGAUGAAACUCUUUUAGCGGAUCCUGGUCUCCGAUGCCACCUAAGGAAGAAACCGGAAAAAUGGUCAGACAAGAGUGGGAUGAAAAUCUAACAAAGUUUGACUGUGGAUUAGCUGGGGUAACAACUUUUAUUAUAAACCAAAAUUGAAUGUACUUAGUUAUCACAAUAUAUUUUAGGGCUGUAUGAACUAUCUGAUCAUUAUUGUGAGGAAAAAUAAUGUAUAAUCUUAUAUUUAUAAAUGCGAGUGAACUAAAACUAUUAUUACGAUAUUUUGUAAUAUUAUAAUUAAGGAAGAAAACUGCGUGUAUUAUUCAUAAAAUGUAGAUCGAACAGGCUAUGUUUUAGAACCUGUGCAUUACAUUAGGUACUGUUUUGUGGAUAUUUGUUAUACUUUAUAUUGUGUAUGGCAAUUUCCAUCUGGAUUAGCAGCAUCUGAAGUACAAGUAGGUAUUUUUAUGUUAAAUAUUUUUUGUAUCUUAUUUUUAUGGAGUCCAUUGUACCAAUUUAUAAGUUUAACUUACACGUUUCGUAUUUAAGUAUUAAAUGAUAUUUCCUUGU